AUGGCGAUCGGAACGUCAGAACACCGUAGUGGUGGAUGGCUCAUCGUCUGCUUCGUUCCACCACCACGCCAAAACCACCUGAUCACAAAGUUGCAGGUCACGGCCUCGACUUUUCGACAUUCGGCCACCAGGAGCUUUCCAGCCUUACCCGGAACCGGCGUAGUGUCCCCUACCUCCCUGUCGCUCACACCAUCAGCCAAGAGUAUCGACGCCCAACCCAGGCUCGGUCUCGCUACCGGUACUGGUACUGGCACUACUAGGUACCAGGUCUCAGAGCUGGAGAUUACCAACCCAGAAAAAUCAACAGCAACCCAUCCCACGCGCUGUCGCAUCUUGCUGCCUCCUCCUGAUGCCCACGUUGUUCCUGCAUCUGUCAUCGCUACCCAUCCACCUUGCAGUCUCGCUCUAUCCUUCGAGACCAACCCGCUCACCGUCCGGUCCCUUGUCUUCCCUCGUCUGCACCCUUGGCCGCUGGACCAUGCAGCUUUGCGAUACCCAGACGACUCGAAGCCUGUCGCAAACCUUGGAUACUCGCUACUAAUCGGCUCGGAGCCGCAACAUCCACCGCAACACCCGACGUGCGCGCGCGCAACCCACAUCCAACCUCUUGUCACCAUGUGGCGCCGGACAUACCUCUUCCUGGUCUUGGUCCGCCUCUGGUUCGCCUUGUCGCCGAGUUACCUCCACCCUGAUGAGAACUUCCAGGGCCCUGAGGUUAUUGCAGGCCAGAUAUUCAGCUACCCUGUUCGACACACCUGGGAGUUUACGAGCGAGAACCCGAUUCGAAGUGUCGCCCCUCUAUGGCCUGUCUAUGGCCUACCGAUGCUCCUUUUGCGAUGGCUGUGGAUAGGAAAUGGCCAGGAUGGAGAGAUACCACCCAUCGCAGUCUUCUGGACUUUGCGCGUGCUCAUGUUCCUGACGAGCUUCGUGCUCGAGGACUGGGCUAUCCAUGAGCUGAUUCAUUCGCCCCGCCAUCGUCGUAUCGCCGUCCUGCUUGUCGCCUCGUCCUACGUCACCUGGACCUUCCAGACACAUACCUUUUCCAACGCUGUCGAGACGCUCGUUGUGGCUUGGUGCAUGGUCCUCAUCCAGCGCAUCGUCGAGAGUCCGCAACAGGCGUCGCUGCUGGCCUCGACGGUCCUUGGUGUCAUGGCUGUGUUUGGUAUCUUCAACAGAAUUACCUUUCCUGCUUUCUUGCUGAUACCCGGCAUCCGUCUGGUACCCCACUUUUACAACCGACCUUCCUCGUUCCUCGUCAUGGCUUUCGCCGGCCUGGCUACCGCGAGCUUGGCCAUCGGCAUCGACACGGCCUUUUACCUCACCGACCCCAUUACCUGGACGGAUCUCGUCUCCCGACCCGUUAUCACGCCGAUCAAUAACCUCCUUUAUAACAUGGCACCGGAGAACCUCGCCCAGCAUGGCCUCCAUCCGUGGUACCAACAUCUUCUCGCUAAUAUCCCGCAGCUGCUAGGCCCGGCCGCCGUGCUGCUCUUCACGCAACCCCAUCUUUCGUUGCGUCUUUACUCGGCCGUCUCUGGCAUCUUUGUCCUCUCCAUCUUCCAGCACCAGGAGGCCCGCUUCCUCCUACCGACCGUCCCCCUCAUCCUCUCAUCUGUCCAGCUGCCCAAGAACCGCCGCGCGCUCCAACUGUGGGCCGCCGUCUGGGUGGUAUUCAACGUGUUCUUCGGUGUCCUCAUGGGCAUCUAUCACCAGGGCGGCAUCGUUCCCGGCCAAGUCUUCAUGAGCAAGCAGCCCGACGCCACAAACGCCAUAUGGUGGAAGACGUACUCCCCGCCAAUAUGGCUGCUGAACGGCAAGAACGAGGUCCUCACGACGCACGACGUCAUGGGCCUUGACGGUGAGAGCCUCCUCAAGCAGCUCGCCGAGCUGGCAACGUGUGACACGCCCGCGGACCGCAGGAAUCGGGAGUACCUCAAGGAGAAGGAAGGGACCUACCUCGUCGCGCCUGCGUCAGCGACGUGGCUCGACUCCUAUCUGCCGAACAAGGGUCUUGAGGGCCUGCGGUUCCGCGAGGUGUGGCGAUACGAUAGGCACCUGAAUCUCGACGAUUUGGACUGGGGUGAGGAUGGUGUCUGGAACACACUCAAGAGGGUCAUUGGCAGGAGAGGUCUCGUCGCGUGGCGCGUCACGAAAAGCUGUGGCGGUGGCGGCACGGGCGAGAGGUAG